AUGAUCGCCCGUGUGAGAGUCUUUAUUUGCAACCUUGUCGCCGUGGACAUCUCUGCCUGUCUCUCGCUUCCCAUGUGUGAUGCGGAGACUCUAGUUGAAAACGCUCCCUGGAAAUGCAGUGCAGGUGGCGAGUUGCUGCGCACACACCCACCGCGCUUCUACCCGGCUUUUCCAAACAUGCUUCCCUUCAUGCACCACACGCUCAACUGCCUCAGGGCGCGGUUUCGGGGCUUUUCUUUACUCCCUAAAAAUUACGGUGAUCCGUGCAGCUGCGGAACUCUCCUAACCGGCACGUCGGAGCUUCGGAACCACCCAAACGGGCCCGGGCCACUUGCCUUCUGCAACGUCGCAGCGUGCAAAAACUGUCAUAUAGAUCCAUUAUUCCCUGAGGACGUGGUCAUCCUCUUCAGCCAGGAAGAGUGGCCUUUCUUGAACGUGGCUCAGAAGAAACUCUACACGGAUGUGAUGAUGGAAACACUGGAAAAUCUGGAAUUAAUAGCUUAUCUCACGGAGCAUCGUAGAACCCACACAGGAGAGAGACCUUAUGAAUGUCGGGAGUGUGGGAAAACCUUUUCGCACUCAGGUAACCUCACGCAACACCUGAGAAUUCACACGGGAGAGAGACCUUUUGAAUGUCAGGAGUGCGGGAAAGCAUUUUCUCAGCUGGCUUAUCUGACUGUCCACGCAAGAACUCACACAAGAGAGAGACGUUAUGCGUGUCAAGAAUGCGGACAGACCUUUGACCGUUCACGUCGCCUCACUGAACAUAGAAAAAUCCACACAGGAGGGAAGCCUUAUCAGUGUCCGGCAUGUGGAAAAGCCUUUUCCCAUUCUGGGAGUCUCAGUAAACAUGCCAGAAGCCACACGGGAGAGCGACCUCAUAGCUGUAAGGAAUGUGGGAAAACAUUCGCCCAUCUCAAUCACCUGACUCGACAUACGAGAGUUCACACCGGAGAGAGACCUUUCCAGUGUCAGGCGUGUGGCAAAACCUUUUCGUACGCAGGCAGCCUCAGAAAACAUCUUAGAAUUCACACAGGAGAGAGACCGUAUGAGUGUCGGGAAUGUGGGAGGACUUUUUCUCAUCUUUCUUCUCUCACUGUACAUGCACGAAUUCACACGGGAGAGAAACCUUAUGAAUGGUCACCGUUGAAGAUCCCCGCGGGCCGAGGCACUAAUUGUCUAUUCACCCACGUUGAGAAAUCCAAGCUGCAGCCGCGGACCGGCGCGUGUCUGGGUGGGUUCCCAGGGAAAGGCCCCGUCUUCUCGGAGCAAAUGGGCGGCUCGCAGUCUUCUCCGCUGUCCCCGCCUCUGGAUCCUUUUCUCCUUUGA